AUGUCAUUUUCGGGCGGGAAUAAUGACGAAGGUUUGAAUUCAGGUGGCUAUGACCAUGAUAACGUUACUGGUGAUAACACAGGAUCUGUGGCGUGUGAAAAGAACGCGCCAUCUCGAUGGAGCAAUUACCGAGGAGUGAGGCGGCGGCCAUGGGGGAAGUUCGCAGCGGAGAUCCGGGACCCGAAGAGGAAAGCAAGGAAAUGGCUCGGAACCUAUGAGAGCGAGGAGGACGCAGCUUUGGCUUAUGAUAGAGCUGCUUUCAAGAUGCAUGGCAGAAAAGCCAGCUCAAUUUCCCAAACCUUAUUGGAUCAGAGCCGCCGCCGGAGCCGGCAAGAGUAG